UUAUUUUUCAUCAACAAUCAACCGAAGGUUAAGAACCUUAAUCAUUCUGAUCUCUUAUUGUGUUGUUAAUAUAAUUAAAUUGUGAUUGAUUUAAUUGAUCUUUGUCUUUAAUAGAGUACAUUUCCAGGAUCUUAGGAUUUCAGGAUCAUCUUGAAUUUUAAUCAACAAUAACAAAAGUGAAUAUUGUUGUUGUAUUAAUAAGAUUAAGCUUUUUAGUUUAAUCGAAAGAUUUAAUUUUGUUUGUGUUUUUUUGUUAAUUAAUUUCUUUUCAUUUUCUUAGGAGUUGAUUAAUUGAUUUCUCUUUAUCUUUUGAUUACACUGUUAAUCUGGUCAUCAUAAUUUGGUCUAUUCUCUGAAUUAUAAUUUGUUCUUGUGUAAUUAAAUCUCGCAAAGUGUAAAUUGAAUCAUCAGCCUUUAGUUACUUGAUACUGAUGAGUUACUCGUAAUCAUCAUAAGGGAAAAAGUGAUCAAAGAAUUUAAAAGCUCGAGUAAUUUGAAGCUCAACUCUGAUUAAAAAAAUUACUUAAUUCUUUGUCGCAUGUUAGUUAAAUUCAACUAAUAAACUACUAUGGAUCACGGUGAUAGGAAUAAGGAUCAAUCAUCAGCAGAUAUUGAGAAAAACGUACCGAUUUUGAAAGAGGAUCAACCAAGAUUUAGUAAAUUGCGAGAUUUGUUCAAGAGAAAAUACAAUUCAAGUCCAUCUUUUAUUGUUCGAGUUCCUGGAAGAGUUAAUUUAAUUGGUGAACACAUUGAUUACUGUGGGUUUGGUGUUCUUCCCAUGGCAAUUGAACAAGAUACUUUGUUGGCUGUUGCUCUGAACUCUGAUCGAUUGAUUAGAUUAACCAACAUGAAUUCAGAAAUUCAUUCUGACAUUGAGAUUCCUUUAGACAAUUUCACCAUCAACAUCCCUCCUGAUUGGUAUCAUUAUGUAUUAUGUGGAGUUCAAGGAGCUAAAGAUCUAGCAGAUUCAUUCGAGAAUCUCGAAGGUUUGAACAUCGCUGUUUGGGGAACGAUUCCAACCUCAUCUGGACUAUCGAGCUCUUCUGCCUUAGUGACCGCGUCUUUGUUGGCUACUCAUUACUCAAUCAAAAAUGGUGAUGUGAACAAAUUUAUCAUCGCCGAUACUGCAGCUAAAUGUGAAAGAUACAUUGGUACUCAAGGCGGUGCAAUGGAUCAGUCGAUUGCCAUGUUUGCUCGUUCAGGUUUCGCUAAAUUGAUCAACUUUGAGCCAACAUUGAGCUGCGAUGAUGUUCAACUUCCUAAAGGUAGUUGCUUUUUUUUCACCCACAGCGGAGUUACUUGUAAUAAAGCGGCAACCGAACAAUUUAAUGCUCGAGUUUUCGAGGUUAAAAUUGCUUCUCUCAUGAUAGUUGAUCAUUGUCACCUAAAAGUAAAACCAGGUCAUAUUACUUGUCCAACAUUGGCCCAGAUAAAAAAGUUAAUGAACAAAAGUUUCGAUGAAAUGUUGGACAUUGUCGAUGAAUCUAUUGAGAUUGGAAAAGUUUUCAACCUGAAGGAGCUUUUGGACUAUUUUGAUUUAUCGAAUUCUACUGAAUUAGCUUUUCUCCUCUCAAAUGGAUCAGCUGUAACCAUGGAAAGGAUGAAAAGUGUGAUGAAAAACUAUUCCGAUGGUUUCAAGAUCCAUGAUAGAGUAACUCAUGUUUACUCUGAAGCUCAAAGGGUCGAAAAAGUUGUCAAAUUGUGUUCACAUGGAAAUACAACGGAUGAUCAAAUUCUCAUUGAAAUUGGACAUUUGAUGAACGAAAGUCACAAUAGUUGUUCAAAUCAAUACGAAUGUAGCUGCCCAGAGCUUGAUCUUUUGGUCAAUCAUGCCCUUUCAUCCGGUGCCUUAGGGUCAAGGAUGACCGGUGCUGGUUGGGGAGGUGGGAUUGUCUCAUUGGUACCAGAAAAUUUAUCGCGACAAUUUCAACAAUCAAUGGCUAAAAUAUCCAAAUUCACAGUUGCCAGUUUACCAAGCCAAGGAGCCACAAUUUAUCUUCAACCUUAGAAAAAAACUAAAUCAAUCUCAUCAACAAAAAAUUUGAAUACAAAUCACUAAUCAACAUUUUGCUUAUCACCCAAAUAUCUUAAUCAUUUCAUGUAAUUUUUAUCUCUUGCAAUUUUAUAUUUACAUUUGCUCAUAACGAAAACCCCAUCGACAAGUUCAAAACUCUUGUCAACAUUCAACAUUACAUUGACCCACCGAGUAAUCAAUGAUUACAAUAGAAUUUAAUCUCUUAAUUGAAUUAAUCAUUUAGAAUAAAAUUUUCAUGGAAAAUUUAAAAUUCUUUUUCUAAGCUCACCAGAUGUCGCUAACUUACCGCUUCAUUCAAUUGAAUUUAAAAGAUUUAAAAUUUAAAAUUCUAAUCUUUUCAAAUUGAUUAACACAAAACUCUUAAUGAAUUAAAGUUAAUUAAUAUUCUCGUCA